CGAAGCUGCUGCCUCCGCCGCCGAGAGGAGCUCCGAGUUCGUCCACGACCUCGCGUUCCCGCCUCUGCGCUGCCGCCGCCGGCCCCUGCAGCCGCUCCAACCUGUGCCAUCCCCGUCACCCCGUCUGUGACGAGCUCCGCAUCCUCCCGUGCAGGGACUCCGACCCGUGCUGCCGCCACCAACCUCCCCUCAAGCGGCAAGUGCCUAUAAAUUUGGGUGAGAAUGGCAGGACAAUCGCCAAAUCAAGUAUCAUCAGCUGAAGCUAUCUUGGUGGGAGCCUUGUCCUCUGGUGUUAAUGCUCCCACGUGGGUCGUGCUCCAGAUCACAUUUUUGCUACUGGCAUUCUGCUUCACCGCGAUGCUUUACCUAGCCUUUUUCUCAAGCGACUUUGUGAUCGUCGGGCACGUCCUUCUGCUCAUAACCAUCGGCGCGGUUCUAUUCGUGCUCCUCAACAGGUUCCUCGCGGAGACCGGCUUCGUCCCUGUCGAACAGCAGAUGCAGGAGAUAGGGAUCCACAAACCAGAAGCCACAGAGAAAGACAAGAGCAACUGAGCCACUUGGGCCCGACUUUUUUACAUUACAUUAUGAUGAUGAUGAUGAAACAGAGCGUGCAACUACUCCACACAUACUAUACAUCUAAGAGUUCAGCAGAAGCUACAUCCACAGCCACAGGUGUACAUCUGUUAAGUGCAGUGAUGCUUUAGAGUGGAAUAGCUUCGUCGGGCAUACGGUCGGCCGCGUCGUCAGUCCUUCGAUUUGCCGCUCUUCUUCUUCUUGAUGUAGCAGAAGCACGAGCAGCAGGGGAACUGGAACAGGAACUUCAUUGGUCUGGGAUGGGAUUUGCCGAUGCUGUUGUUUGUUGUGUGCGUUGGUGUGUUGCUGAAGGCGGGUCUGCAUCCGGCCGAUAAAUAUACUAGCGUGUUGAUUCCUUGCUUGGCUGGUUAUGUUAUCACGGGACGGUGGAGAUUGUGGUGCUUUCUUGUGUGUGGGGUGGUUUGUGCGAUUAAUUUCAUGUCUUGUUGUGCCGAGAGGAACUUGUCGGCAAGUAAUCGUGACGAUCGUUCCAUCUGCUUUUUACCAUAAUAUAUCAACUGCAAAGUAUAAAACCA